UCGCAUGUAUGGUUUGACUGUGUGUGAAAGAAUUUGUGUGGUGUGUUCUGGAGUUUGGGAAUGUGUUUUGUGUUAUUCUGUUUGAGCAGGUAUUUGCGAUGAUAGAUCUUGAGAAGAUCUUUCUGAGGCAACAAGAAUCGCUUCAAUCGGAGCAAGAACGCGAAAGCUAUGAAGAUUCAAAGUUCAUGAGCUUGCGUUACAAUUGCGGCGGUUACAAAGUGAAGUUGUGGGGUGACUUUAUAUGGAGUUGGGACCUUUGGGGGUUGGGGAAAUUUGUCACUCUACUGUAACAGCUGCAAAUUGGUUGGGAACAACCGAGCUAGGUUGGCAAGGGUGGCCAACUUGGAUGGAUUGGUUGGGAAGGGACAAAUGUCAAAAUUGGGGUUCCUAUAGGGAGGGAAUCUUUGUGCUUAUGGGGUUUCCUUGGUUGGGGACUCUCUUGGGACCUUCCCUCUCGUCCCUCUCUUUCUAUCCCAACCUUUCUCUUGCUCCUUCUAAUUCCUUAGGUAGAGGCCGAGGUGACUAUAAUGAGGGGCAUGGGAGCUCUAGUGGCAGGGGGAGUACCAGAAUGGAGGGCACGUGCUGGUACUGCAACAAGGUUGGGCAUCCUUGGUUCAAGUGCUUCAGCAGGCUGGAGGGAUGGGCACCUCCAGGCAUGAAGCCGCCCAGUGGUGAACGCGCACAAGGUGGCGCUGUGCAAGGCUCAGGUGCACAAGGUGAAGGUGCACAAGGUAAUGCCUAUCCUGGUUUGUUUGUUAUGGUUGAGGAUGUGCAUGGGCAUGAGGGUGAUGUGGGAUCUGUGGGAAAGGUUGUGAUGCACCCUCUCACGCACUGGGUGAUUGAUUCGGGUUGCACCAGUCACAUGACCCCACAGGCAGAUUUGCUUGAUGAGGUAAAACCCCCUGGGAAGAUCAAGUAUGUGGCAGCAGCGUCAGAUGAGUUGCAGCAGCCUUCAAGGCAGGUGGAGGUUGCAGUGUCUGAGGAGGAGAUAUCUGGGGUGACUGAAGAAGGGGGAGCAGCUGAAGUGGAGCAGCAACAGCAACAUGAGUCUCCACCUCGAGUUCCACAGCCGCCUGAUCAUGAGCAGCUGGAAGCGGCCAAGAGGUUGGUCCGCUAUGUGAGUGCUACGGCAUCAGUGGGAUUGGAGUACAGUGGAGUGAGGCAGCGGUUGCAGAGAGGUGCUGCAGAUGUGAAGAGUGGAGAGAUGCUCUUGAGUUGCUAUACUGACGCUAGCUUCAACUCAGUGAAAGCGGAUGGCACCAGCAUUGGGGGAUAUGUGUGCUUGCUAGGAGGUGGUGCUGUGAGCUGGCGCAGCAAGAAGCAGAAUGAGGUGGGAUUGUCCUCAUGUGAGACUGAGUACAUGGCCUUACACCAUGGGGCCAAGGAAGUGGUGUGGCUGAGGCGCUUGUUGGAGGAGUUGGGAGUUGGUCAGGAGAAGCCGACAGUUGUGUUUUGUGACAAUGAGUCCGCUCCAGAGGGGGAGAUUGUUGUGUGAUGUCAUCAUAUGCUAUCACAUUCUGUCUGCCUCCCAUCCCAUUGUUUCAAUUCGCAUGUAUGGUUUGACUGUGUGUGAAAGAAUUUGUGUGGUGUGUUCUGGAGUUUGGGAAUGUGUUUUGUGUUAUUCUGUUUGAGCAGGUAUUUGCGAUGAUAGAUCUUGAGAAGAUCUUUCUGAGGCAACAAGAAUCGCUUCAAUCGGAGCAAGAACGCGAAAGCUAUGAAGAUUCAAAGUUCAUGAGCUUGCGUUACAAUUGCGGCGGUUACAAAGUGAAGUUGUGGGGUGACUUUAUAUGGAGUUGGGACCUUUGGGGGUUGGGGAAAUUUGUCACUCUACUGUAACAGCUGCAAAUUGGUUGGGAACAACCGAGCUAGGUUGGCAAGGGUGGCCAACUUGGAUGGAUUGGUUGGGAAGGGACAAAUGUCAAAAUUGGGGUUCCUAUAGGGAGGGAAUCUUUGUGCUUAUGGGGUUUCCUUGGUUGGGGACUCUCUUGGGACCUUCCCUCUCGUCCCUCUCUUUCUAUCCCAACCUUUCUCUUGCUCCUUCUAAUUCCUUGUGAGAUUCUUGAACUUUGAUUGAACCUUUGAGAUUGAGUUAAGUU